UAAAUCUUUUAUCUGUGGGUCAUAACCUAAUGGAAGGAAAUGUAUUCCUGUUAUUUACAAAUUUAUAAGGAAUUUACUAUUAUAUAUUAAAUAUGCAGGUUUCUGAACCGAAUAAUGUAAAAAUUUAUAAUUUGAGUGUUGGAAAGUCUUUGCCAGAGUGGUUGUCGGAACGUAAAAGGAGGGCUUUACUGAAAAAAGAUGUAGACCUUAGGAGACGAAUUGAACUUAUUCAAGAUUUUGAUAUGCCAGGUCUCAGCACAACUGUUAAAAUGUCGAGAGAUGGACAAUAUAUUUUUGCCACUGGUAUAUACAAACCUAGAAUAAAAUGUUUUGAUGUAAAUAAUUUAUCUUUAAAAUUUGAAAGAUGUUUUGAUUCAGAAGCUGUUACGUUUGAAAUACUUAGUGAUGAUUAUAGUAAGUUUGUCCUACUGCAGUGCGACAGGUAUAUAGAAUUUCAUGCAGCUUACGGAAGAUAUUACAGACUUCGAAUACCAAAAUUUGGUCGAGAUAUGCAAUACCAUUAUCCCAGUUGUGAUUUAUUCGUUGUUGGUGCAUCUUCUGAUAUCUAUAGGUUAAAUUUAGAAAGAGGUCAAUUCAUGGCACCUUUCACUAGUAACUCCUCAUCGAUUAAUAAAUGUUCCAUAAAUCCUGACCACCAUUUAUUAGUAUGUGGAACACAGGAAGGAAAAGUUGAGGCAUGGGAUCCUAGAAGCAAAACUAUGGUGGGAAGUCUAGAUAGUGCCUUUAACUGUAUUAAUGAAAACAAACAAUUGGAAGGUUUUCCUUCUGUAUCUGCAUUAAAGUUCAAUGGCGGUUUAGAAUUGGCAGUCGGAACAUCAACUGGUCAAAUAUUAUUAUAUGAUAUAAGGUCGAAUAAACCAUAUUAUAUAAAGGAUCACAUGUAUGGCUUACCGAUAAAAGAUGUAGAUUUUCAUCAAGAACAAAACUUGAUAUAUUCCCUAGAUAGUUCUAUCUUGAAGAUCUGGGAAAAAAAUAAUGGAAAAUUAUAUACAUCUAUAGAAGCAUCAACGGAAUUCAAUAACCUGUGCACUAUUGCUAAUUCAGGUCUAUUUUUUCUUGCAAAUGAAAAUACAAAAAUACAGACAUACUAUAUACCUUCCCUGGGUCCAGCACCCAAAUGGGCUAGCUUUUUGGAUUCACUUACUGAAGAACUCGAAGAAAAGAAUUUUGAACAUGUCUAUGACGAUUAUAAAUUUGUAACUAAAAAAGAACUUGAGACAUUGGGAUUAGAACAUUUAAUAGGAACAAACUUACUUAGGGCUUAUAUGCAUGGGUAUUUCAUUGAUGUACGACUGUAUAAAAAGGCUAAAUCAGUGGCUAAUCCAUUUGAAUAUGAAGAAUAUCGAAAGAGGAAAAUAAGAGAAACUAUAGAAAAAGACAGAGGAAAUAGAGUACAACUGAAUAAUCUACCGAAAGUUAAUAAAGAUCUUGCUCUUAAACUUAUGGGUGACCAAACGAAAAAGAAAAAGAAAGAAAGCCAAUCGCUUCUUAAAGAUGACAGGUUUAAAUCGUUGUUCGAAGAUCCUGAUUUUGAAGUUGACAAAAAUGCAGAUGAAUAUAGAUUACUUAAUCCUGUAUUAUCGAGGUUGGACAGUUCUAAGAAAAAAGAGUUAAAGAAACAAAUCAUAACGCAAGCGUUUGAACCGAUAGAGGACAAAUUAGAAGACAAUAAAAAUUCAGAAGAAUCUUCUGAUGAUUUUGAAAGUGAAGAAGAAAGCUCUGAAGAUGAACAUACAUGGACACGUGAAGUUAAAAAGCAGCACCGUAUUAUACAAAGAGAACAUAGGGAAAGAGAGUUACGAGAAAGCCAGGAAAUGGAGGAUAACGUACAAGAAGAGGUUAAUAAGAAACAACCUAAACUUUUCGAACUUAGACAGGGAGAAGAAUUUAAAGGGCUUCACAACUUCAAGAAAAAGCUUAACAAAGCAACAUUGGGGGAACGACUUCAAGUAGAAGAUACUUCAGUUAAAUUAUUAGGUUCAGUUGGAAACCGAGAAAUGACUUUUUUAACACAUAAAAAGAGAAAUAAGUUGUUAGCUGAAAAGAAUAAGAAACACAAAGAAGAGAGGAAAAGAUUAGUUAGACCAACUCAUGGAGUGAAUCCUAAACACAAAAAAUUCUUUAGUAAAAGAAAAUAAUUUUUAUUUAUAAAUAUUAAUUAUGAGGUGAAAAAUAUA